UAAACUCAAGAGCAAGCCAAAUGAGCUCGAGGAUUUGUGACUGACAGAGAGGAGGAGGUGGAGGGAGGGAUCCCAUCGCCGCGGCGCCGCUCGAGGUGCGAGCUCUCGGAUCGGCUGGAGCUGCAAGAUCCGGAACUCUCAAGAAACUUUGGAGGAGCUCGAAGAUGAGGGUGGCAAAGCCAAUGCGCGACAGGCGCAAGACGCCGAUGUACUAUCUGAUCACGGGCGUUUUCGUAGCGAUCUUGAUCCUUGCCGCCAUAGCGUUCUUCCGGUCUCCGUCAGAACAAGGUACCGAGGUUGUUCCACAAACAAAUGAAGCAGCGUCACAGAUGGGUUCCCGGGAGAAUUCUCCGUCCGAGGCUCGAGAGGGUGAGGUGACGAAGGACUCCGAGAAGGACUCCGACUUUGAACAAGAGAUGGAUGCUACCGAGGAGAAAAAUCUCGAAGAUAAACAACAAGCUGACCACGAAAAAGAUGGUGACAAGGUUGAUGGCGAGAAGAAGGACGACACACCUGUGGAUAUUGGAGAGCAGAAGAAAGACUCAGAUGCCCCGGUGGAAGAAGAUGCGAAAGAAGAUGAAGAGAAAGAAGACGAAGACAAGAAAGAAGAACGGAAGGACGAGGAUAAGGGAGAAGAAAAGAAAGUCGAGGACAAGGAAGAAGAGAAAAAAGACGAAGAGACUCAAAGCAAGGAUGCCGAGGAGAAGAAAGAUGAUUCCGACACUGCUACUAUCGAGGAGCCGGGGACAAACAAAACGGAGUUAGAGCUGACUGUUGAAAACAAAGAGGUUUCCAACACUUGGACAAGUCAAGCCAAUGAGUCCAAGCAGGAGAUGAAGAAGGAGGAUGUUCUUCCAAGUGCUGAUCAGCAAACAGAAAAAAAACCCGAGGAGAAGCAACCCGAACAAUCGCCAAUUGAUAUGGAGUUGAAACUUUGCAGUUUCUCCAAUGCCGCUGAUUAUAUUCCGUGCCUGGACAACCAGAAAGCUAUUAAGAAGCUGAGGUCAAGAAGUCACUACGAGCACCGGGAGCGGCAUUGCCCAACUGGAGACGAUAUUAAAAAAUGCCUCGUACCUCUUCCAUCAGGAUACCAGGCUCAUGUCAACUGGCCACAAAGCCGAAAGCAGGUCUGGUACAGCAACGUCCCUCAUCCUGGAUUAGUUUCGUAUAAGAAGGACCAAAACUGGGUGAAAAAGAAAGACGACCUUCUUCUUUUUCCUGGCGGUGGAACUCAAUUUAAACAAGGAGCUCAGCGCUACAUUGACUUCAUCCAGAUUAGUCUUCCAGAUAUUGCAUGGGGGAAGCACGUUCGCACCGUGCUUGAUGUUGGCUGUGGCGUCGCAAGUUUUGGAGGCUUUUUGUUUGACAAGAACGUUAUUACCAUGUCAUUCGCUCCAAAAGACGAACACGAAGCUCAGGUUCAGCUAGCUUUGGAGCGUGGAAUUCCAGCAAUUCUCGCGGUCAUGGGAACGCAGAGGCUGGUUUAUCCUAGCUAUGCUUACGAUAUCGCACACUGUGCUCGCUGCAGAGUUCCAUGGCAUGUAGAUGGUGGUAGACUUCUUUUGGAGCUCAAUCGCCUCAUUCGUCCGGGAGGAUACUUCGUCUGGUCGGCCACUCCAGUGUACAAAAACGAACCAGAAGAUGUACAGAUAUGGAAAGACACGAAGGCCUUAGCUGACAAUAUGUGCUGGAAGAUGAUUGUGAAACAGCGGGAUCCUAAAACAGGGGUCGGGAUUGCCAUCUUUCAAAAGCCCAAAGACAACACUUGCUACCAGAAACGACAGAAGAACGAGCCACCAAUGUGUGACGAAUCAGACAAUCGAGAUGCUGCAUGGUACGUUCCCAUGCAAAGUUGUCUUCACAAGAUCCCCGAAGGAGAUGGUAUCCGUGGCACUAGAUGGCCACAGGAGUGGCCCCAGAGGGUGAAUGCAACACCGGACUGGCUUGGAACCAUUCCAAAAGGAUUGUUUGGAAAGCCAGCGGUGGAAGAGUUUGAAUCCGACACGAUACACUGGCAGCAUGUCGUCCAGAAAUCCUACGCACGCGGCCUUGAGAUCGACUGGACUGUAAUUCGGAACGUCAUGGAUAUGAAAGCGGGAUAUGGAGGAUUUGCUGCUGCUCUCGUGGGAUACCCAGUCUGGGUCCUCAACGUGGUUCCAGUCACCGAGCCUGAUACACUGCCGAUUAUCACCGACCGUGGUUUGAUAGGACAGUAUCACGACUGGUGUGAGUCUUUCAGCACAUACCCUCGCACGUAUGACCUGCUGCACGCGGACCAUCUGUUUUCACGCUUGAAACAGAGCUGCGGUGUUGUCAACACGGUGGUGGAGAUGGACAGGAUUUUAAGGCCCGGCGGCUGGGGGAUUUUCCGAGACACCACGACAAUUCUGGGGGAGAUCGAGCCGCUCCUGAAGUCACUCCAUUGGGAAAUCCGCGUGUCAUACACACAGGAGCAGGAGCAGCUGAUCGCCGCCCAGAAAACUUCCUGGAGACCAUCCAGCUGAGCUGAAAGAUCAUAUCAGAAUCAGAGCAUCGGAGUUAUAGACGUAUAUCAAACGAGAGAACCACUAUUCACCAAGGAAACGCUACAUUCCAUUAAACAAGACCAGGAGUUCUUUAUGGAUCAAUCCAGGCGCCAGCUGAGACAACGCGACUCCAACCAAGGCAUUAUGGACGCGCAUAGCAUGAAACGAAGCGCGAUUUUAUGGAUGGCUCGAGAAACCAAGCACAACCGUGCUUCGUUCCAGGCUAUGAGCUCCCACCGCCUUGAAAAAUCCUUGAAAGUCUAUCUA